CCAGUUUGAAGUCAUUUAUCAGUUGAUUCGUACCCUUCGCUGGUUGAAGAUCAAAGCCUGCAGUGUAGUGCCUUCGUUUGUGGUGCCAAUUUGUUAGAAUUUUUUAUGUGCUUUUGUAACAAACCGAGAGAGAAACCAUGGAUUUCUACUACCUGCCAGGAUCUGCUCCGUGCCGUGCCGUCCAGAUGACGGCGGCCGCCGUUGGCGUGAAGCUGAACCUCAAGCUCACCAACCUGAUGGCCGGUGAGCACAUGAAGCCCGAGUUCCUCAAGCUCAACCCUCAACACUGCAUCCCCACCCUGGUGGACAACGGUUUCUUCCUGUGGGAGUCCCGCGCCAUCAUGGGCUACUUGGCCGAAAAGUACGGCAAGGAUGACAAACUGUACCCGAAGGACCCCCAGAAGCGUGCCGUCGUGAACCAGCGGUUGUACUUCGACCAGGGUACUUUGUACCAGCGCUUCGCCGACUACUUCUAUCCGCAGGUCUUCGCCAAGCAGGCGCCCGUUACGGACAACGAGAAGAAGAUGCUGGACGCAUUGGACUUCCUGAACACCUUCCUGAAGGAUUCGAAGUUCGUUGCCGGCGAAGAGCUGACCAUUGCCGAUCUGAGCAUCCUGGCGACGGUGUCCACGUACGAUGUGGCCAAGGUUGAUCUGAGCAAGUACCCGAACGUGGCCAGCUGGUACGCCAGGUUGCGCAAGGAAGCUCCCGGAGCGGACGUGAACGAAGCCGGCUGCAAGGAGUUUGCAAAGUACUUCGAGAAGUAGGAGGGGCGGGUGUUUAAAUAAUUGUUAAGUUCGUGAAUAAAGUUUUUUUGAGUUGUUGAAUCACUAAAAGUAAAA